UAGAAGAAUAAAAGUCUGCGUGGUCUUCUCUCCCAACCCCUCCCUGCAUUCGUUUCUGGUCAAAUUCACAAGGGUUUGCUUGCUUGUAUUUGAGCCCCAAAUUCAUUCGGACAACGCUUUCGGACCAUAUCCGAUGCGUAAACGGAACCCCAAUUCCCCCAAAAUCAUGAAUUUCUGAUUUCACAAGGGUUUGUUUGCUUUUAUUAGAGCCCCAAACUCAGGCUCAGAUCAAUAGGAGCUACAGCAGCAAUGUCGUGGAACGCGUUCAAGCUCUGCACGGCGCUGCGAGCCCUCGGCUACAUUAUGGUCCUCGUCGUCGUCGGCAUAGUCGGCCUCACCUACUACGCCGUCGUUUUGGCCAAUUACUUGCCGGCCCUUCUCGGAGGUGGCCUCGGUGCGCUUAUUGCUUUCCCGCUCUUGAUUCUCUUCCAUUUUCUGUUGGUGAUGCUGCUGUGGAGCUACUUUUAUGUUGUUGUAACGGAUCCUGGGGGUGUUCCACCAAAUUGGAGGCCGGAAAUUGAUGAGGAGGGAGGCCAGGGAGACCCAAUGGUGCAAUCAGAAUAUGGUGGUGCAGGCCUAGUAUCUAACCAAUCUGUCAUGGCUUUUGACCCAGCAAAUCAAAAAGUACGGUACUGUCGGAAGUGCAACCAAUAUAAACCACCUCGUUGUCACCACUGUUCUGUUUGUGGCAGGUGUAUAUUGAAAAUGGACCAUCAUUGUGUAUGGGUAGUCAACUGUGUUGGAGCAUUGAAUUACAAGUACUUUCUACUUUUCUUGUUUUAUACCUUUCUCGAGACAACUCUCGUCACAUUAUCACUGUUGAAAUAUUUUAUGGCAUUUUUUACCGAUCAAGAUAUAUCUGGAACACUGGGAACCGUUGCAGCCAGCUUUAUCACAUUUGUUUUAAACUUAGCAUUUUCAUUGAGUGUUCUGGGCUUUAUGAUCAUGCACCUAUCAUUGGUGGCAGCCAAUACCACAACAAUUGAGGCAUAUGAGAAGAAAAAUACUCCCAAAUGGCAUUAUGACCUCGGUCGAAAGAAAAACUUCGAACAGGUGUUUGGGACAGAUAAGUGGUAUUGGUUCAUUCCUGCAUAUUCAGAGGAGGAUUUAAGACGGAUACCAGCUCUUCAGGGGAUGGAUUAUCCAACAAGGCCUGAGUUGCAUGCACUUCAGCAGUUAUAAGUAACAAUUGCAUAGGACAGACAAACUUGCAGCUUUCUACUUUGUGUGAGGGCAGCUAUGAUGUGUUUCUUGCUCGCAAGGUGCAGUCCUCACCAAUUGUGCGUUAACCUGCAGGCAGAAGUAUCAACUCCGGUUGUGCUUUAGCGUGGGAGACAUCAUCGAUUGAGUUUUAAGAGGAAGGAAAUUCUUCUAUAUAUAGGUGAUGCUAUCAUUCUGAACGCCAAUAAUUAGUUUAUACUCAUUGAAAUUUAGGUGGGAUUGGCGAGGAUCCAUGGAUGUGUUAGUCUUUACAUCUGUAUAGUGAUCAUGUAUGCUCAUCAUACAGGCUUUUUGUUGCCCGAGUGUGCCUUCUUAGGCUUGUUACUCCUGUAGUAUACAACACAGUUCCCCCGAACCAUUUGAUGCAUACUGUAUAUAAAAAUUAAAGAUGUUUAUCCAAGAAGCCAAAAUCAUCAGAUGAGCCAAUCAUUUAACAUGGAGAUCUGAAGCAUUCGUAGCAGCAAUGACUUAUGUUGAAGUGUUGGCUUGAAGUAUGAGCAUUGGCAUUUUAUCGAGAGCAAUGAGCCAAUGAUUACCCACAUGACCCGAGUGCUGCAUGCAGUGCAGCAGUUAAUUGAAGGACAAAAAAUUUCCAGUUAGUUUCCCAGAAUCAAUCAGCUGAUCGAAAUUUGCUUCUUAUUUACAAAGCUUUGUGCUUCAUUAUCAACUCUCCAUUUAUACUUG